CACAAAAACCACACAACGACAGCAACAAAACCAUGCGGUGGCGACAAGGGCUGGUGUUGAUGAUAACGGUUGUGGCGUUCGCUGUGGGGAAUGUGGUGCUGUUGAUGCACACGACCACGCAGGUCGUACACGAGCACAACGAGCAGCAGCAACAACAACAACAGCAGCAGCAGCAGCGGUGGCGACGGGGAGAGGACAGUGCCGAUUUGUUCGCGUGGGGCGCAACACAGGACAUGUUGUUGCGGGUGUCUGUGCUGAUGCGCGACUUUGAGCUGUGGACCAACGAUGUCGCCGGCACCAUUGAGCACGCCGUCGCAGCUGUCGACCCAAUCGCCCGAGUCCAGCAGGUUGUUGUUGCGGCGCCCAGGCUGCCGUACCCACCCAUCACGGUCCCGCGGGAGCUUCAACCACAGACGCAGGUUGUGUCGACCGCCCUGGGCAUAUUCGAGGACAGCACGGGCUCUCUCCAGUCCCGAGACAUUCGCUUCACCGGCGACUUGGUGCUGGCAGUCGUGGAUGGGCUUGAUCUUCGGGAGUGCGCCGCCGACGUGAGCCGGUGGAUAUCGCUGCACCGACAGCGACUGUUGCAGCUACGCAAUCGACAAGACACGAGAGCAGAUGUUGCAGGUCGCGCCAGCCGUUCAUGCUUCAUCUCCUUCCUCCACGCCAUGCCCCGCACCGUUUCCGGGACGUUUGAGUGCUCCUCGGCAUUGUUUGAUGUGAAGCGGUGGACCCUGCGCGUCUCGACAACCGAACUGCCACGUCCACCAAAGGGUGUUCUCGCGCAGUGCAACUACACAGCAGAAGUGCAGACUGCCGUGCUGGCCGAUGCUGAAACGUUGCGGUUGCUUCGCUGGGAUGAGCUAGAGCCCAUGAGCCGCGGCCUCUUGCUGCAGGCACACGCAAAGCAGUGCACGAUCGAGCAGUAUGUGUCCCCGCACCUGGACGUGCCCAACCGAGCCCAUGACAUCUUCAACACACCCCACCUCCAAGACAAGCAUGUGCGCUACAGUGAGCAGCGUGCCGCGUCGCUCUAUCAGCAGCUUGGCAUCAAGCGCGUGCAGCACCCCAGCCUUGGCACAGAGGAGUGGUAUGGCUGCCACAAGAACUCUGCCCGCUGCUUUGGCACCGUUGUACACGACACGCCCGAAUACAUCUUCCAAGGGAGGUGGACACCGCCUUGUUGUCUUGAGAACAUCCGCAAAACAGCAAGGUACCUGUUCCGUGUGCUGAAUGCCGCGGGUGUGCGGUAUUGGCUGGAGGGCGGUACGCUGCUUGGCGCUGUGCGACACGGCGACAUCAUUGAGUGGGACUACGACUGCGAUGUUGGCAUCUUCUUGGAUGAUGUGGCCAAAGUGCCCGAGCUCAGCCACGCUGCAACACAGGGUUCACACGAGACCGCGGAUGGGUUUGUAUGGGAGAAGGCGCGAGAGGGCGAUUUCUUCCGCGUGCAAUUCAGCAAGUUCAACCACUUGCACGUGGACAUCUUUCCCUUCUACGAAAAGGAUGGCGUCAUGACAAAGGACACGUGGAUGGAGUCCCACCGUCAGGAUAUGGAGUUCCCCAGCUCGUACCUGCACCCGCUGGAUACCAUCACCUUUGUCGGCGUUGAUGUGCGCAUUCCAAACCGCGCCAGAGAGUUUCUCGAGAUGAAGUUUGGGCCGGGCUGCAUCGAGCAUCCGCGCCUGCCGGGGCCAUCAGCAUAGGCAACAACAGCAACAGCACAACCAGUCCCUGUCCCGCCGCUACCACCACCACGCCCUGCAAUAACAACUACUCACGUCGGCAUCGCUCGAGAAGCGCAGCCCAGCUGCUGGGCCCGACGCCGCGGGGCCGGUCACUGUCGCUCUUCCCUCAGAAGUCGCCAACAGCAGCAAACGCAGCAAACACAGCAGGUGGAGCGAGAACCUCCACGACAACGAUGAUGAUGAUGAUGUCGCCGGCCAGUCCGUCGGUAAUGGCGCGAUCACGUGCGGGCGCCAAGAGCACACCGCUGGACCCGGCCCACCCCAUGCAGCAGCGCUACGCUGACAUGCACGUGCACAGGCUUUGAGAGGCGGGGUUAAAGAAGCGGAGUGUGUUUGCUGGGCUGACCGUGGUGAACGAACAUCUGUGUGUCAGGACGAUAGCGGGGUUUGGGUGUGUGUAUGCGAACGCUGCCAUCGUCAGACAAGAGAGAGGGACGAAUGGUAAUGAGGGCAGUGUGUCGCACACACACACACAAGGAUAGCUUUGUUCGAUUUUUGUUGUAUUGCUUUGUAUCACAAUGUCACACAUCUUGUUCAUGCACAACAACAAGUAAACAAACGCUCAAACCGAAA